GGGGCGAUCGCUAGAGGCUUCUCGUCAAACGUGCGCGCGCGGCGAACGAUACACACGCGCCUUUCAAAAAACCUUUAGAACCGAUAAACAAAUUCGACACGAAAAAGACCCAAUCACAAUUCAAACUCAAGGCGGUUUCAUUUACCUGAAGGUACCCCUAAGCCCAUAGACUAAGCAUAUUUGGGUUCUUUAAAGUUCCGACUAGUGUUGUCAAUGACACGGAUUGGUGAUCGAUGUUUAUGAAUGGAGUUCGGUGUGACGUCAUGAAUAGUGCUGUGACUGUGAUGCGGUUCGGUGGGCAACAAUUUGUUGACAAUGCGUGAUCAUUAGAGUGGAAAGAAUGUGGCUUAUGGGUGCGGUAUCAAUACUGUGCGUAGUAUCGAGCACGUUGUCGGAGUGGGACUGCCCGGAACUGAGCUCGCGACCCUCGGCCGAGUGCUCCUGCGACCUGCCGCACACGCUGCGCUGCGCGGGCGACCAUACUGCUUUACAAAUAAUUGGCCGUCACCUUCGAGAGCAGAGGGCAAGGAACAAAAACACAGCAGUGUCCCUAUUAGACGUUGCUCUACGGGGUGUGACGUCAUUACCAUCGGCAUCAGUAGCUGAACUGGCAGGCAUCGGCUUACACGGCCUGGUGAUAUCAUCAGGAGACAUCAAGAGAGUCCAGCAAGGAGCGUUUAGUAGUAUAUCCUCCACGUUACUUGCACUAGGUUUACCAAACAAUCAACUUCCUUCGGUGCCCACGGAAGCCUUAGCGCACUUGCCCAAUUUGGACCGCUUAGAUCUUUCCAAUAAUAAAAUACACACUUUGGAUUCCAAUUCUUUUAAGGGUAUACAAAACUUAACAUAUUUGGAUAUAAGUGAUAAUCAGCUCACCAGUAUAUCAUCGGGCGCAUUCGGACCCCUCUCUAAAUUGGCUGUGCUGCGCCUUCGGGGCAAUUUGCUGAAAGUCUCUGCGUUGACUGCUUUGAAGGAGGCGCACUUACUGAAAGAACUUGAUGUAUCAAGCAACGCUCUAGAAGGUCCUGUUGGUCCAUCUACAGUUCCAGCGCUGGUUUUUUUGGAAAUAUUACAUUUGUCUGACAACACUUUUGCAAGUAUACGGCGUGGCGCCUUGUCAGGUCUUACAAAUUUGACCCAACUGAAUCUGCACAACAAUCAAAUAGACGUUUUAGAAGACUACGCUUUCAAGCACCUUGCCAAUCUGUCGCAUCUAGACUUAUCACAUAAUGAAAUUGUUGCGGUCUCGGGUGCAUCUUUGGCGCAGCUAGUAAACUUAGCCCACUUGGACCUGUCGCACAAUUUUCUGAGGUCUCUCUCAGCGGAUCCUCUGAAAUCUCUGCAUCAUCUCACAGACCUAUUGCUCCACGACAAUGACAUAUCUAUGAUAGAUGACGGAGCACUCACAAUGCACAAGGACUUACAGCGGUUUACUAUUGAAGAUAAUCCUCUUAAUUGCGAUUGCUUAAUGGCCGGCUUUGCUAGGUGGUUGCGGGAGGCAAAAAACCUGCCUCAAUCAGAUAAAUCUGCGGCAGUUUGCGCCACGCCACCACAUUUGGAGGGGGCGUUAAUAUCCCGCCUGUCGAAAAACAAACUUUGCGAUGACGAACACGUUGAUACGAAGGUUAUUGAUGAACCCAUUUACGAUUAUAAUAGAGUCAUUGAGAAUACGAUUGAUGAAGAUAAAGACGACAGUGACUUGUAUGGAGACAAGCAAGAGGGCUUAGACGAUGACAUUUAUGACGAAGAAUUGGAAGUACCGUCUGAAGAGGAUUUGCCGAUUUCCAAAUCAAAGGUUCGCCUAGUCGAUUCUUGGUACGAUGACGAAGAAGUACACUUAUCCUGGGCACUAGAACCUCCUUCCACUCAUCGAUACAGGUGCACAGGUGUAACUGCUUCAAAAAGUGGUGGCCUGGCAAAGCAUGUGGCAUGUCAUAGAGCUGCACCAUCGAAUAUCAUACUGAGGGGACUCAAGGUGGAUCCUUUAGAGAAGUAUACAUUUUGUAUAGCACUAGAAGAAAUGGAUAGCCAAGACACUCCGUUGUCUUUGGUGUUGGGGUGUGGUGCACCACAACUGGUUAGAGAACGGGCUGCCUACGUUACUUUAAGACCAUCCACUAUGAUUGUGCCUGAUCGAGAAAUAUUGAGGGUCUCAGAGGUCCGGUCAAACGUGACAAGCGACGGACUACUGACCGUGCUUAUUUCGGUCAUGGGAAUACCAUCUCCAAAACCUCAAUACGUUCUACCUAGAUCUCAAAGAGUCUCAACACCCGACACCAGAUACAUAUCCCUGCACAAUUGCUACGUGAUCCUUGCUGUAUUAUCUAAAGGAUCUUUAGUCGCGCAGAAGGAUACACCGUGUCAAUCGACGUUAGAAGUAUCCAUGGAAGGCUUCAUACGAGGACCUUAUGAAGUAUGCGCCAAGAUAUCCAAAUUCAAGACCGAUGAAAUGCAUUCGAUAUGUGUCGUACCACAACUUUUGGAUUCCGUCGGUUCUUUGGAAAUGAAGUCGGGCUUUAAAAGUCUCAAUACAGCGUUAGUAGGAAUUGCUCUAGGACUGAUGGUUAUAGUCAUAGGUUUGGUGUGGUUUGUGAGAAAAAUGUUGAAGAAACCUGCUGAGUUUCAAGCCCAUAGAUGUUUUAGGCCUGAACCGGUUCCAGAGGAAACUCCGAGGGCAAGUUACGUUAUGCUUACUGCUACUUCGAAGGUUUGAGAAAAUGGAACGUACUUACCUAAUGUACUUAGCUUAAAAUGUGGUGUUCCGAAAAACCGUAUAAUUAAAUCGAGAGAUGCUUGAGAAUCAGUUAUCGACUGUACUCAAAGGCAAGCCUUUUAAUGCCAUGACUACGAGUACAAUUUGUAACAUAUUGUUGUAAUUUAUUGAAUAACUUUUUACUUAUUGUAUAGAACUUUAGUCAUACAUUGUAAAGAAUGUUAUUUUUUUGAUCACUUUAGUCAUUAUAUUUACACUUGUUUGGCUAUACUUUAAUCACAGUUAAACAAAAGAAAAAUGUUCUUUGUUCUAUUCACUUGUUUUUGCUAGUCUCUAUAUUAAUUUUUAUAAUUUGAAAUACUCUGUGUUUAACACACUAAUACGAUAUUAUUUUAAUUUAUACCUACUUAUAAGCACCUAUUGACUCUAUUUUUGUUAAAUUAAGUGCUAGUAUAUUAUUUGCAUGAAAGUUUUAUGUUCAUGAUGCUCGUGACCUUAAAAAUUUCGUGGGAACUUUUUGAUUUUCCGAGAUAAAAGAAGCCUAUGACUUCGUUAUCUAGUUUUUUUAACAACAUCCAUGGGAAAAAAUAAGCUAAUCGCUGCUCCUUUGAAGCGUGAAGGAAAACAAUCAAACACACUUUCCCAUUUAUAUAACAUUAGUAGGGAUAGUAGGGAUGAAAUUCUGGGUAAAUAUAAUAUGACUCUUUCAUUAGAUUGAUAAAACCCCGUAAAUGUCUUUAGAAUAAUAAUUAUACAUCAAUGUGCUAACGGCCACUAGGCCCAUUGCAAAAUUGUUUGUGAAAAAAUAUUUUAGUUUAAAGAAAAUAUGCCUACCUAUCUUUGACUUUAAACCUGCGCUAUAAUGAUUUGAUAGUAUGAAUUGAGGCGAGUGGCAGGAGUGUCUGUUCCAACGCGUGAUUGGUUUCUCAGUCAAACUUUCUUCUUUACCUGAUGCCAACUAUCCACGUUCGCUUCUUCAUCAUCAUCAUCCCAUCCCUGGCACGGGUCCCCUCUCAGAAUGAGAAUGGUUUGGCUUAUAGUCUACCACGCUAAACAAGUGCGGGUUGGCAGAGUUCGCACAUCUUUGAGAACAUAAUGGAGAACUUUCAGGCAUGCAGGUUUCCUUGCUUCCUCCUUCCUCCUUCUCCUUUCCCCACACCGUGAGCAAGUGAUAGGUACUUAAUACUUUAAAACGCGCAUCACUCCGAAAAGUUAAAGAUAACAAUAUGUAGUAGGUACGUAGGUAAGUAAAAUAAAAAUGAUAGUUAAAGAUAGAAGAAAAUAUUAAAAGCUUAUCAAUGAGGGCACAUUGUAAUUUGAGAUGAAAUUAUUACCACUUAUAGAUACACUUAAUUCCGGGAAUUUCUGAUUGGUUAUUAUAAUAAUUUGUUUAUAAACACACAGGCAUCGGGUGAUAAGGACUAAUUAAUUAUGUUAUCAUAAGCUUAUAUAAAUGUUAUAAGUUUCCGCGUUGUAAUUAAUAUUGGUUGAAAAUAAUAUGUAAUCUUGCGUAGCUAUAUGUUAUCCUUUUGCUGAAAAUGUAAUGAUUACAAUAGGGUCUUGGACUGUAGUGAUAAAAUGAUGUGAUGCUUUGGAUAAAAGUGACGUCUUUGGUAGCUGUUCCAUGAUGAUUUUUUUACUAAACAAUACAUUCUAUCAAAAUUGUUUUUUCUAUAGUAAUGAAUUCUGUGAAAACAUUAUUUUAUGAUAGCUUGAGUUAUAAAUAGAACAAUACAAAAACAUAAACUUGUA